CAGUUUGCGUCCAUGUUAAGGAAAGUUAGCUUGCAUCGCAUUUUUCUUCAUUUCUAAGAAGAAUAAAUCAAUUUUUUGUUUUAAAUCCGAAUACUGCAUGGACAUUUCCUUCUCAAUAUCUGUUAAUAUUGCCAAAUGUGUAACCAAAUAUUCAAUUAAUAUUAUUAUUGGUUGUUGUCGGGGUGUUGAAAUAAUAUUAUUUUGGAAUGAUGAUUAAUUUUUUUUGAGAGAUGUCAAUAUCUGUGGUGAAUAUUACACUUUCCUUUCAUUUUAUGUAAGUGCAUUAUAAUCUUUCUCCAUCUCCCAAAUCACUUAGAUUUUAUCUCUCAGAUAAUUUAAGUAAAAAAUAACCCCUUUAUCAAGCUGAUUCAGACAUUUACUUUUGGCCUUCCGAUACUGAAAUGCAUAAAACCUGUUUAAAUUGCCGAAACCCAAAAGAUCAUAAAAGCAUUACUUUGGAAACCACCUUUGGCGUUCAGUUAAAUAAACCUAUCCAGUUCCAGAUUUAUGGCGAUAUGCUCUUUCAUUUUAUUGCGUAAUUUACCUUUUUUGUUUUUGUAAGUGCUCUAGCAUCAUUGAGUGGAAACUUGGGCUGGGUUAACGCCUCUGAAGCUCUGGUACGGGUCUAUUUAUGGUGCAUUGCAAGUGGAUACGGGCUGGAGAAAGCUGGGAUUGUUAUCUGUGUGGCAUAGUUACAUGCCAAAAUCACCGAACCAUGAUAGGCGUCUGCCAACACCUUUUUUCCUAUGGGUCCACUUCAUCUGUGUGUGCGGCCACUGUCAGGACUUUGAAGGGGUUAACAGAUGCAGAACAGACACCAAAUCAAUCAAUUAGCAGCCGUUCAUUUAUUUUAAAAAGCAACACCUGAAUGCUUGACAUACCAUUACUGCAAUAACUUCAAGAGUCAAAUAAGUGAGGCUGCUGCUGUUAAAGUAAACGGGUAUAAUGGCAUCUGAUUAGCACGUCUGAAUCUGGAAAAGCUGUCUGAUACUUGAGCCCCUUGAAGAUCCUCCCAAUGGUCCUGCCCUUUGGAAACAAAUGCCUUUAUUUUUAUCUCCUAGGUUGAAUCGCCAUUGUAAAGAUGCCCGAGUGAGUAUAUUGUGUCUCUGCUUUCUGUUGUUCGUCAUCUUAGACAUCUUACGGCUCUCUCGACAAAUGUGCUCUAUUCUUGGAUUUACCGGCUGUGUUGUCUUUACUUAAGGCCUCAGUGUUAAUGAAGGCGGAUUAGGAGUCUGUGAAUACAACGGAGCUCAAGAAUCUGAGACCACAUUGAAACACAUUGAAUAAAAAAAACAAAAAAGAAAAACAAGAUUCUACACUAUUUCUGGGUCACUUUUUAAUAAUCAAAUUAAUAAUUCAUUAAAUAAUUUGUUUUGCUUCUUGAUUCUCAAUUUAUGCCAAAUAACUUGGACAAUCAGGUUUUGUUCAUGUCACCUUAAGUAAUUAAACAGAGGGACUAAAAAAUAAAAACAAUUGGUGUAAGAUUUCCAAUUUUCACUCAGCUUGUAAAUUUAACAAAUAAUAAAGAAAACAAAGAAAUGCAGUCAGACGUUGAAUUUAACAUGACAUUUAUAAGGAGAAAGACUGAAAUGGUAAAACAAAUGUAAAACAUGCUUAAAUUAGACAAAUAAUUACUUUUUUUUUUUUGUAAAACAUACUCCAAUAAUCUUUGAUUUAUUUGUAACUCUGAAAAAUGAUUUACAGUGUAUCAAAUUCUUUUCACUCCAAUUACUUUAUUAUAAAAAUCACUAUAUAAUAUUACUAAAAAAUGUAUUAAUUUGAGGAAUGCUAAAUAAAAGCAUUUUCUCUUGUGGUCUUUGUUAUUAAUAAGAUCUAAUUGUGUGUUUUUAUUCUUCUGCAGGCAAGAGGUGAGAGUGACAAGCCAUCACUGAAUGGCACUUUUUCAAUACUUUUUUCUGAUCUACAAUACCAGGAAACUAAUCUACUUUAACCAUAACAAAUCAUUUUUUGAUGUGAGAAUGAUAGUAUAUGAUAGCAUAAAUAAUGUCUGCUCUAUAUAACCAAUGCUCAUUUUAAAUUUGACAGAAAAAGUCCAAGAUCUCUGCAUCUCGCAAGCUGAUGCUUAAGAGUCUUAUGGUAGCUAAAGCUAAGGAUGAGUUAGAGCAGGAGCUGGUAGAUAAAGAGGCAGAGAAGGAGAGAUAUCUGGAUGAGAAAGCUCCUCCGCUACAGACGAGUGGCUUGUCUUUCGCCGAGCUUCAGGAGCUGUGCCGGGAACUACACGCUAAAAUCGACGUGGUGGACGAGGAGCGCUACGAUAUCGAGGCUAAAGUACUUCACAACACAAGAGAAAUCAAGGACCUGAACAUCAAAGUCCUGGACCUGAGAGGCAAAUUCAAGCGGCCCACUCUGAGGAGAGUCCGAGUCUCCGCUGACGCCAUCCUGCGCUCUCUGCUGGGCUCCAAACACAAGGUGUCCAUGGACCUGAGAGCAAACCUCAAGUCCGUCAAGAAGGAAGACACAGAGAAGGAAAAGACAGUGGAGGUCAGUGACUGGAGGAAAAACGUGGAGGCCAUGUCUGGAAUGGAAGGAAGGAAGAAAAUGUUUGAUGCAGCACAGUAAACGAGUGAAUGCAAUCAACAUCUGCCAACAUGCAAGUGUGUACAAGAGAACCUAAAGUGGACAUGAAGUCAAAAUAGACCAUAUAUAUUUACUUUCCUAAUACUCGUCUUUUUUAACUCUUACAUGUGAUAUUGGUUGCUGAUAUUUUUACUGAACUUACAACCAAGACAUUUUUUUUCUUUUUCUUUUCUUUUUUUUGUCGUCUUUCCGCAGGAAAUCAGGGUGGGCCGAACUACAAAGAUUAAAAAAAAAAAAAAAACAUCCCUCAUUUUGUUAAUGUGCUUCAAAAACAUAUGAAAUAAACUAAGAAACAGCAAUGGAUACAUACCUAUAAAAUGCCAAGCGAUUUGUCAGUGUUCAAUAAAUACGUCAAAUUAAAAAACCCUGUGAUAAAAUUGCCAGAAAGGGCUAAAGUUCAUGUGAAAAGUGUCAUCAACACUGUACUGUAAAUAGAUUGUGUAAUUUGCAGAUAUCAAGAUUAUCAUGUAAAUGUUUUUAUUAAACAAACGUAUGGUAAUGACUAAAGCUGAGGAGGAAAAUUACCAAUAAAAUGAAAUGAUGAGCAAAUUAA